AUGCGUUUCUCUCUUCUUACCGUCAUUACUCUUGUGGGUGCUGCGUGCGCCGCCAAGCUUCCUUCCGGUGCUCAUUGCAAGAAAGAUGGUAGCAUGGGCGUCUGUGCAUCGAACUUGUGUGUCCAAUCUCCCAACAAGGCGCAGGGUGUGUGCAAGUGA